GGCAAGCGGCGGGAGCUAUGGCGUCGUUACUUUGGGGAGGCGACGCCAGCGCAGCGGAGAGCGAGCGACUCAGUAGCCACUUAUCAAAUCUCAUUCCCCGGAAGAGUCUUCGGGGUCUUAAGAGUACCACAGUCCCUGGACUAGCUCAGAACUCCCAAACUCAAGCAAUCCACCAGCCUCCUCUUCCCCAAGUAACAGGGAUUACAGGUGCUUCCAUUAAUAUUUCUGAAGAUGAUGAAGAAGAGGAUAUGGUGGAUUUGGCUGCCAACUCACUCUUGAACAAACUAAUCCGGCAGUCCUUAGUAGAGUCCACUCACCGUGUGGAAGUCUUACAGAAGGAUCCUAGCUCUCCCCUCUAUUCAGUAAAGACAUUUGAAGAGUUGCGACUAAAGGAAGAGUUACUGAAAGGAAUUUAUGCAAUGGGAUUCAACAGACCAUCAAAAAUCCAGGAGAUGGCUCUCCCCAUGAUGCUGGCACAUCCACCCCAGAACCUUAUAGCACAGAGCCAGUCUGGAACAGGCAAAACAGCUGCUUUUGUCUUGGCGAUGUUAAGCAGAGUUAAUGCCUCAGAGCUGUUUCCACAGUGUCUUUGCUUAGCUCCAACUUAUGAAUUGGCUCUGCAAACUGGACGUGUGGUUGAGCAGAUGGGAAAAUUUUGUAUUGAUGUGGAAGUGAUGUAUGCUGUUCGAGGAAACCGAGCUCCGAGAGGCACUGAUAUAACCAAACAAAUUAUAAUUGGCACCCCAGGGACUGUCCUAGAUUGGUGUUUUAAACGAAAAGUAAUAGACUUGGAUAAGAUUCGUGUAUUUGUCCUGGAUGAGGCAGACGUGAUGAUCGAUACCCAGGGAUUCUCAGACCAAAGCAUUCGAAUUCAGAGAGCUUUACAGCCCGAAUGCCAAAUGCUACUUUUCUCAGCAACUUUUGAGGAUUCCGUGUGGCAGUUUGCUGAGCGAAUCAUUCCUGAUCCUAAUGUGAUCAAGCUACGCAAAGAAGAGCUGACUCUGAACAACAUCAGACAAUAUUAUGUUCUAUGUGAUAAUAGGAAAGACAAAUAUCAAGCCCUGUGCAACAUCUAUGGAGGCAUCACCAUUGGUCAGGCCAUCAUCUUUUGCCAGACUCGUCGAAAUGCAAAGUGGUUAACUGUGGAGAUGAUGCAGGAUGGCCACCAAGUAUCUUUGUUAAGUGGAGAGCUGACAGUUGAUCAGCGGGCUUCAAUCAUCCAGAGGUUUCGUGAUGGGAAAGAGAAAGUCCUUAUAACCACCAAUGUCUGUGCUCGAGGCAUUGAUGUGAAACAAGUCACAAUUGUUGUGAAUUUUGAUCUUCCUUUAAACCAAACUGGUGAACCAGACUAUGAAACCUACCUCCAUCGAAUAGGACGAACAGGCCGCUUUGGGAAAAAGGGCAUUGCCUUCAACAUGAUUGAAGUGAAUAAGUUGCCCUUACUUUUUAAAAUUCAGGAUCACUUCAACAGCAAGAUUAAGCAACUGGAUCCAGAUGACAUGGAUGAAAUUGAAAAGAUUGAAUAUUAAAGUGAAGAUUUAACAGGGGGUUUACAAAACACAUAUGCGUUUAUGUGUACAUAAACAGGUUCCAGAAAGCUACAAUUGUAAUUUGAUUGUUGAGGCUUCUUCAGAAGGAAAACUCAUGUUUGUCAUGCAGCAAAAUAAAGUUCCGAUGGUCUUAAGUUUUAGUCCCUAACUCUUCUUCAAAACAGUUAAAUAUGACAGCAUUGGCCAAAGACUGAAGAGCACUUUCUGACCUGGAUUUGUCUUCAUCUUUUUACUAGUAAAUAUAUUUUUUGGGGGGAGGGCUUCCACAUAUUCCACAGUGCACUGAUGAAUCUAAAUAAAUAAAUCCCUUGAA